AUGCCAAGUGGUUUCCCAGGUGAAUUCUUGAUGCACAGUUUGUUGAUGACUUUCAGACUAGAUAUCCUCAUCUUCUUGAACAGCUGUUGUCCCCUUCAGACACUGCUGGAGAGGAAAACUGCUGAUCCACCAAUCCUUCACUUUGGACCCGGAGAGACGCGGUUGGAUGAUGCCAUCAUGAUAAACACACCUGUGGUCAAAGCAGCCUUAGCAAUGGGCUUCAAUAGGAGGCUGGUCAGACAGACAGUGCAAAGUCAGAUCCUCACAGCUGGAGAGAACUACAAGACAGUUAGUGAUCUUGUGUCAGCACUUCUUAAUGCUGAAGAUGAAAACAGAAUCGAGGAGAAGGAAAGACAAGCUGAAGAAACGGCUUCAGAUGACUUAUCACUGAUUCGGAGAAGAAGAAUGCCACUCUUUCAGCAGUUGACGUGUGUACUGCCUAUCCUGGAUAAUCUUUUGAAGACUAAUGUCAUUAAUAAACAGGAACAUGAUAUUAUUAAACAAAAAACACAGGUGCCUUUAUAAGCAAGAGAACUGACUGAUAACCAUUUUAGUUAAAGGAAAUGCUGCAGCCAACGUCUUCAAAAACUGCCAGAAAGAUAUUGAUUCUACUAUAUAUAAGAACUUAUUUGUGGAAAAGAAUAUUCAGUAUAUUCCAACAGAAGACGUUUCAGGUCUGUCCUUGUAAGAGCAGUUGAGGAGAUUGCAAGAAGAAAGAACUUGUAAAGUGUGUAUGGACAAAGAGGUUUCUAUCAUAUUCAAUCCUUGUGGUCAUCUGAUAGUAUGCCAG